AUGGGAGACGACACACCACAGAAUGUAAUGAAUCUCGACCUAAAUUUAGGUCCAGUUGUUCAUCCUUCCCGUGAAAACGAACCAGGUGGUUUAAACUUAGAAGAUUGGUUAGAUGGGCCUGUAAGGGAAGUGAUGAACCAUCGAACCAUAGCUAGACAAAGAUGGAGGUCCAUAUGGAGACCCGUUCUUUUCCCCAUGGAAACUACAAACAUGGCUCUUGAAUCGAUCACCGGAAGUGGUCCAAGCGGUCCAGAAACCGGCGAGGGAAGCGUGGCGGCCGCCGGAAGACCGCCAGCAAAAGCCUGUGAUAACAACAACGGGUACCCAGAAAACAAUCUUCAAGGAGAGAAAGAAGAAGUUGCAAAAAAUAAUGAACAUGAAGGUGGUUUUUUUGAUUGUAAUAUAUGUCUAGAUAUGGCAAGUGACCCUGUUGUGACAUGUUGUGGACACUUAUUUUGUUGGCCAUGUCUUUAUCGAUGGCUUCAUAUACACGAAAAAGAGUGUCCCAUUUGCAAAGGAGAAAUGAGUAUGAAAUCGGUUACUCCAAUUUAUGGGCGGGGCAACCCGACCCGUGUUGUUGUUGAAGAAGAUUCGGGUCUAAAAAUCCCUCAUAGACCACAAGCAAAAAGAGUUGAAAGUUGGAGACAAACUAUUUCAAGAAACGCGUUUACAAUGCCAAUGGAGGAAAUGAUUCGUAGGCUUGGGAGUCGGUUCGAUUUGACCCGUGAUUUGGUUCCGGGUCAACCCGAAAACCCGCGAGAAGUUACAAGUAAUUCGUUAUUGAACCGGUAUUUGAUUUCUAGAGGCUUUAGAAGGGAAGAAAAUCUUGAACCGGAUUCGAGCCCGAGCCCUGAACCGGAGUUGAACCGGCUGGGUCAACCCGAACCGGCCCGGUCAAUGGAGGACCGGGAUUCGGUUUCGAGUAUUGCUGCGGUUAUACAAUCGGAAAGCUUGACGGUUGACACUGCUGCUGAAAUUGAUUCGAGGGUAGUUUUGUCAACUUCAUCUUCUAGAAGAAGAAGUGAAUCUUCUUCUAGGGUUUCGGAUGUUGAUAGUGGAGAUUCUCGUGCUCCUAGAAGGAGACGUUUGAUUUAA